GAAAACCGAAAUGACGAAGGUGUUCAUUGAGUCGAGGAGACACGCCUAGGUAUGGUAAGAACAAAACAAUAAGUAGUAGUUUAGUCGUUGAACAAGAAGAGGAACCAAAAUGAGGGAAACAAGUAGGAAGUGGAAAGGAGGAGCGAAAAUGAAAAUAUUGAUACAGAUACAUCUUAUUCAGGCUUAAAAAUUGCUUACGUAGAAAAAUUCCAACCCCGAUCAAAACACACGACAGCCUCAGGAACAAUUUGGACCACAACGUCCAUGAAAUUCGCAUAUUUGCAUGUUUUUCUAUCAUAUUUACGCCUUCUACAACAUUAAGCUGCAUUCCCAUAUAAAGUGAUGCCUAAUUGCAAUGACAAGACACGUCCCUCUCAAAGAAAUAAAGCAUUUUCUCUUGUUCCCACUAGCACUAGUUCUUAGUCAAAAAAAUUAGAGUUAGAGAUUUCGUUUAUCAUGUUUAGAGAUUGAUAUUUUUACUUAGCUGACUGUCGGAUUUCGAGUCGAAUACAACCAAAUCAACCCUUUCUGGUGUAGUAUAGAGAAAACCGAACUCCAUGAGCGGUUCAACGAGCAGAAGCAAAAGAACGACAGCACAGCCUCCAAAAUGCGAAUAAAUAGACGUGGUGUGGCCGUUGCCGCAGCGGCAUCGGCCGUUGCCUAUCAGAACCCAGACCCGACUGCUUAUGUGCCUACAGUAGGUCUGAACGGGUUGCCGGUGUUCCCGGAUACACCGACGCCGUCCGAGAGCAGUACGGGUCCUAGGAUUGCGCUGCAGGAUACAAAGAAAGGAUCAGAGGCAGGAGGAAUAAAUGCGAAGUCAAAAGAGACUGCCACCGCAGCUGGAGAUGCCAACAGAAGCGGGCCUCAGCAUGCUGAGAAACAGGACACGGCAAAACGGAAUCUUGCAGCUGCGCCACCAGACGGCAGAACGCCAGGGAGCGACACUGUGUCAUCGAAAAGUCGGGACAAGGAAUCUCUCCCGCGGCGGUUCUUUGGCUCGCUCUUUGGAUACUUCGAGGAGCUUGCAAAAACGAGCGGAAAAUCCAAUCGACGUCUCACCUACGCCGGAAGCGGUAAGGGCAGAAACGCAGAAAGGCGGAAAGAAAAUGAGAGCCCAUGGGAUUACCGCGCCAUGUUAGCGGACCGUGCAGCGACGCGGGCCUCACCUGGUGGUGGAAGCCCGCAGGAUGUGAUCCAUGCUCGGGCAUUGAGACGAGCAGCGAUCGAGUUCUCGAAUAGAAAGAUGUUUGCUCUCUACGGUCACGCUUAUCGAUACCUAAAUCCACGUCACGGUGAGCCAGGAGAAGACAUUUAUCUCAGCCCGAACGAGGUCGCCUUGCUCAGCCUAGAGCGAUUCGUCGAAAUGCACAACCCAGAGACUGGAGAAACGGAACGCCGUAGCGGCGAAGAGGGAAGCACUGCAGCAAGAGCGGAACACAGCGGAGGUAAAGAAAAAAGAGGACUAGAAUCUGUGGAAAGUGACAUGGCUUCGCAGUCAUCACAAGCAGUAGCGAGCCACCCGUCUCCGUCGACAAAAAGGCUCGAUGAGAGCGCGACUAGUAGCAAAGAGAAUGAAGCUGUAGCACGCGAUGACGAAACGCGAGCUGCACAAGGCCACGGGCACAUUGCUUCCCAUACCGACCAGCAGAGUAAAUCAGCGGCAGCAGAGCAGGCGCGAAGACGGCGUCUAUACGAAAAUCUUGUAAAGGAGGCGAAAGAGAAAGAAAAGGGACACAAUCGGCCCCACAGUGCAUCACAAGCAAGUGUUGUAGCCGACCGAGCUCGCCGAUACUUGGAACAAAUCGUGGCGACUGCCAUGAUUGCCGAUGUGCAGAGUGGCGGUGUCGUAGACCAAAAGGAGUUGAAGAAUAGAGGACGAGGGGGCGAGCGACAGCGGACCGCGUCGAACCUAGUGCGCCGAGCGCUGUCAAUCUUGGAGACGCAGAUGAAGGAUACUUCCGAGCAUAAGAGUAGUGCCGCAGGUGCUGUGGGAGUUCCUGCAGAGGAUAAGAAGCAUGAGAAACUGUCGAAGACGUCUUCAGAUCCUGGAGCGGCACCGCGAAUACGGGAGGACGGCGCUGAGUCUGAAGCUAAGAAGAGGAUGCUUCAAGAGCAACUGAACGUCGACGACGCAUUGCAAUGGGCUGUGCAGGAGAAGCAAGCGCAAACCAUGCAAACGCUCGGGCAUCUCCACGAGUACCAUGAUGUCGAUCACGAUGCUUUCUAUAGUCAGCUGCAGGAGGUUGAACAGGUGUUGCGCCAUUUGCAGACCAAUGCUACCGCAAACAAUGCAACCACGACAACGACGACUACGACGGCCGGUUGCAAUGCGCGCAUAAAUUGUUGCGCGGACGUGAAGAGAAGUGUGAAGAUCCUUGCGGCGGAAUAUACGGAUUUGGGGUUGACAGCCGUGGCCCAGCAAACGUGGACGGACCUGUCCGAAACGCAGUGCGCGACAGUCGAUUGCGACUGCGUUGCGCUGGCAGCAUGGGUGGAAACGCAGUGUGUUUUCUACGUCGGCCAAAUAGUCUCGUCGCCUUCGGAAGUGCAGAAGUACUAAUCAUGGUUGUAACUAGAGCUAGACUUUGAGCCCGCGGCUUGCAACGUUUUCCUACUUACUGGUGAUGUUCUAAAAACCGUCACGCUCACAGUUGAUGUGAAUUGUUGACAAAUGAGGUAAAAGAAAUUAAUGUUGAAAUCAAGUAGUGUUGAAAACAGCACCUCUCGUUGCUUUUCGCGACAAAAUUCUACUCCACUCCAACAGCUAUUGCGGUAGUGCAGGAGGGACGCGAAAUUUGUUUGAAAAGGCAUACUGUCCAGCAGCAUGCGCCCCUGUUGAUUGUAACUCACAGGAGGGAAGGCAAUGUAUGCAGCAGUGCGGUGAUUACCUGAACUGUGAGUGCAGCAAUAGGCUAGGCAGUCAAAAUCCGCCACGUUGUGUGGGCGUCUUGGAAGUUGACGGGUCCGCUUGUUUCGAGCCUCCAGCUGUCUGUGCUAUGCACACAAUAUCCACCAGCGCAUGCGCUCCAUACCACUUCUGCCCUAAGAACCAGUGCUUGAUUCGCAAUCGUGUGUGCAUACCAGACGACAUGUGCCAGGGCGACGGAAUCUGUAUUUUAACCGCGUUUGCGUCCACCUCAAAAACCUAGUCGAUGAUAUUUUUACGUUUUGAUGACUACAGCAUUCAGUGAAGAUAGCUUCUACGCAAUGAUGUAUACACUCUCUCUUUCUGCGAAGAAAUGUUUAUCACCUUUGAAACGAAAGCAAAGAGACUGUUUUUCUUUCACUACUUCACACAGGUAUCCCAUCAACGGGUCAGUGCAUAUAUCCCAAUCUUCCGAGAGGGACGGAGUGUGAGGAUAACAUUUUUUACACAUACAACAAAACCUGCAACGGGAUGGGCAAGUGCAUAGGUAAUGCAAAUUAAUGAAUUAAAACCAGUUUUUCGACGAGCAAGUGCAUGACAGUAGUUCAUCAAGUCGUACUUCCAAAUUGUUGUGACAUCAUUUUUUAUGGCAACACUGGAACAGGGGUACUAGACGUGCAACUGCGAACAUAAUCCUAGUUCUUCGCUUUUUUCUGCAAUGAAUCCCGCUCACCCACCAGUAACCAAGAAUAGCUCUUUCUCCCUCAGGUUUGGUGAAUAUGUGCCAGCAGCACAAUAUUCAGUGUCGUUCUGGUGUCCCCGACUGUACGUUUCUCCCGGGGCAGUGUCAGCCUGAAACCGGGCGAUGCGUGUAUGAUUUUCGGCCAGACGAUACAGAAUGCGACGAUGGACGGCCGUACACUGUUGGCGAUCAGUGCCAAAAGGGACUCUGCGUUGGAACUAUCGUAGAUCUUUGCGCAUCCAUCAACUGUGCGCCUGUCCCAUGCGUGGACGAUGGCGGUUGUCAUGAUAUGUGCUAUGGAACAUGCGACCAAGCGUCCGGUGCCUGCAAAUACGAGCGAAAGCCGAAUGGGGUAUCAAAACUUCUCCAUUGAUAUUGAUCGGUGGAGUUCUUGAGGAAUCAGCAUGUUCGCGUUUUGGCGACUUGUUAAUUUUUACCCACUGUUCGGAAUUUUAGUGUAUUCGUUAGCCAAAACCUAAUCUCGUUGGCUACAAAAUACCUAAUCUCGUUAGCCAAAACCUCCCUGGUACUAUCACGAUCAGUUGUGUAGUCUUGAUAUAUUAUGGUUGACCACGAUGUCCUUGACCACGACGAAUGCCAAUCGUUGCGUCCAGCCUUCAGGUCCCAUGCGACGACAGACAGGGAAAUCUGCUCGCACGAAAUCCACGAUGCAUCGAUGGAGUUUGCGUUGGGGAUCCGUUCCACGGCAGCCCAAAUUAUCGUACCGUGGGUGAGGGACAGUGCGUUGAUGAACUUGGUACUGCGAUACUAGCAUUUCCGAUCAGGUUCAGGACCAGAAGCUGUAGAACAAGAGGAUAUUAACAAAAACACCAUCGCUGUUUUUCUUCUUCUUUUUUCCAUCAGGCUUCGUCAACUGCUGGUUGGUUCUACAGUUUUAUCAUGUCCCCAAGCGGAAACAGUUUUCAUGAAAGGACACUUUGACAUCGCCGACUACUGUUCUUCUUUUUGAAGGUUUUCGCAUGAAUGCCCAGCAGGGAGAUGUGGGCGAGGAAAGCGAGUGCAGACAACUGUGUACCGAAGAUAACCAAUGCAAGGGCUACAGUUUCGCGUUCCCAAUUUGCACCUUGUUUGGAACCGUACGGAGUACCACAGAUUUUGCCGGGUGGAACAUGCUGGAGGGAGAUCAGACACCCGCCUUGGAAAUCCAACGCGUUCUUGCGCCAAAACCUGGCGAGCCUGAAUUUGUGUGCAGAAAGAAGGACUACGUCGGCGACCCGGAAAGCAGUGGGUUUACUAUCUUGAACAUUCUCAUCGGCUGGGGCGGGUUCUCUGCAAUUUUCGGCAUUCUGUUGGCCUUCUACUUCCGAGAAACGAUCUGUGAAGCACUUAUUGACGGCAAAAACUCGAUGCUAGACAAAAAAGACCAACUUGUCGAAAAGUACAAAGCCGGACGGAAAGUGGAUCGUACUACAACCAAACUUCUUUGAUUUGGAUUUGUCAUUGUGUACUACCUCGUGGCAUUUUGCGCGUGUUGUACAACUUAAGUCCUAUCAAGAUGGAGUUCGACUUCGAGAUUGAGAAAGACAAUGAAAUUGCUAGGAUGAUUACGAUACAACGAUGAUAAAUCGAAAUAUUUGUUUAUUAGAAGCUUCCUGACAUCUUCCAGCACUGUUCUCUUUGCUUCAAGGCUUGUUUAUUACUAUUAGAAGCUUCAUUUGCUCUGAGUCUGAUUCUGAUUCACGUCACCUUUUUUCACUCCUACCUUCUAGCGUAUUUCGACGAAGGCGAGGAGCCGCCAGCACUCGGGGACGCCUCCGGUGUUUCACCAGAGUCUGCCAUACAGGAUGCAGCAGCAGCAGGUGAGAUCCAGGACAAAGAGAGUCCGAACGGGGAAGAGGGGGAAGAGUCGGGCAGCGAUGAAGGCAGCGCUAGUGCCAGCAUAGAAGAAAACACUGAGGCGAGACCGCCAAAUGAGACGGCAGAAGCGACGCCAGGAGCAGGAGUGGAGUCAUAAGUUUGAGAAGUUAUAGAGAUAGAGCAAAUUAUAAUCAGCAUGAGGACGGCACAUCCACAUUCUCGUAAUGACAAUCAAGACUUGCUAGUAACGGAAGCAUUAUUCCCGAAAUAUUGACUCGCUCUCGAAGCACGACGAACUGUUUUUCUCGAUGGAUGGUAACAAAUUAGAGUGCUCAAAGGAGCAUGCCCACGAUGGCUGUUGAUGCUACUUGUGCUUACUAGUGUUAUGGGAUUAGACGUUAUGUACAUGCAGAAAAUUCACCUGUAUAUAGACUUUGGCUUUGGGGGACUAUCACAAUCAAGCACUGUUGUCGUGCUGUAUGCUGUUUUACGGCCUGUAAAGUUUCAAAAACUGUAUGUAUCUACUUCGUUUUUUAUUCAUGAAAGAACAACUAUUCGAAAAACGGUGGACACACGACAGGCUGAUGUUUGUUUGUUCAUUCAAAAAAUGUGCAUGUGGAUUCGACAUGUCUUGUUGCUAGUGAAGAAUCAAUGUUGUGAUAUUCAUUUCUUGGGGGCUGUCAUUCAAAUCCUCGAUGACUGCGAUUCCGACCACUUAUGCCGCG